CAGAUGAGUGAUUUUGGGAUCAGGAACAUGGAUCAAGUAGCUCCUGUCUCUACCAUGUACAGAGGAAUGCUCAAGCGUCAGCCAGCAUUUGACACCUUUGAUAGCUCAAACUCUCUCUUUGCUGGAUAUUUUUUCUCACUAAAUGAAGACCAAACGCUUCAAGAAGUGCCAACAGGAUUUGAUUCUACUUCUUAUGAGUCAAACAACUGUGAAUUGCCUCUGUUAACCCCGUGCAGUAAGGCUGUGAUGAGUCAGGCCUUGAAAGAUACUUUCAGUGGUUUCACAAAGGAACAGUGUCGGCUGGGUAUCCCAAAUAAUCCCUGGCUGUGGACUGAACAGCAAGUUUGCCAGUGGCUUUCAUGGGCUACCAAUGAGUUUAGCUUGGCAAAUGUGAACUUCCAUCAGUUUCUGAUGAGUGGCCAAGACUUGUGCAACCUGGGCAAGGAGCGUUUCCUGGAACUGGCACCAGACUAUGUGGGUGAUAUUCUGUGGGAACACCUGGAACAGAUGAUAAAAGACAGCCAAGAGAAAACGCAGGAUCAGUACGUGGAGAACUCUCAUCUCACCUCAGUUCCUCACUGGGUCAAUAAUAAUUCCUUAACUGUUAAUGCAGAUCAAAACUCCUAUGGUAUGCCAAUGCCUGGAUACCCUAAAGCCCUCAGUUAUCCCAAACCCAAUCUCCUGACUGACCUCUGUCAGACUUCUACAGGACCAAAUCUCCUCAAUCCAGAACAAGAGUUUUCAUUGUUCCCUAAAACCCAAGCAGAUGCUGUUGGUGUGAACUACUGUGCUGUAAACCAAGAUUUCCCAAGAAGCAGUCUGAACUUGCUGAUAGAUAACUCUGGUAAGCUUAGAGAACAUGAAUCUAGUGACAGUGGCGCAGAAAGUUACGAAAGCUCAGAUUCGAUGCUACAGUCCUGGAACAGCCAGUCGUCGUUAGUGGAUUUGCAGCGUGUGCCAUCCUAUGAGAGUUUUGAAGAUGACUGUAGCCAGUCCUUGUGUCUGAGCAAACCUACAAUGUCUUUCAAAGACUAUAUUCAAGAAAGAAGUGAUCCUGUAGAGCAAGGGAAACCAGUUAUACCAGCGGCAAUUCUAGCUGGCUUUACUGGCAGUGGACCUAUACAGCUAUGGCAAUUCCUUCUGGAGUUACUGACUGACAAGUCCUGUCAGUCAUUCAUUAGUUGGACUGGAGAUGGAUGGGAAUUUAAACUUGCUGACCCAGACGAGGUGGCACGGAGGUGGGGAAGGAGGAAAAACAAGCCAAAAAUGAACUAUGAGAAGCUCAGCCGAGGCCUACGCUACUAUUAUGACAAGAACAUCAUCCACAAGACUUCAGGGAAACGCUACGUGUAUCGCUUUGUGUGUGACCUGCAGAACUUGCUGGGGUACACAGCAGAGGAGCUGCACGCGAUGCUGGGGGUGCAGCCCGACACAGAGGACUGAGCCCGAGGAUGCGAUGCUGCAGGGGUGAAGAUCAUGUGUUGGGACUGUGUCUGGGAACCGUCUACAGUCAGUUCUGGCUGUUCAGAUGGGUGCAAAUGUUGGGAAAUAAGGACCUUAACCGAUUUUGUAACCAGAAGAGCUGGAAGGAAGUGGCCUUAUUUCAUCAGUGGCUUCGAGUGUUGCCAUGUCAGGCACUUGAGCAGCGUGGAAGUCAGCACAGA